AUGUUUUUUUACAGUAUAGACUUCUGACUUUAGUUUUCAUUUUUUUGUGGGAGGGACCUGCGGAAAUAGGACACAACAUUGAUCCCUUGUCUCGUCGACGGUAGCCUAACAUACUACCUGCGCUCGGGACAGCAGCUUGGGCGAGCGAGGUCUUCAUGAAGAACAUCACAUAGCCUUCCGCUAAAAGUUAUCUAAUGGACAUCUCGGACAUGAGAAGUUUCUGAUUACUCUCUCCGUUUUAUAAGCAAGAGAUCAGAAGGAAUCACAUUGCAUUGUCUCACAUUGACGGUGAGACCGAAAACAGUUUAAUAAUACAAGUUGGAGGUGCGAUAGCCGGAUUUUUCCUACUCGUUACUUGAUGGCAACUUCGCAUCGAGUGUGAUUAGGCCUACUUUGUAGCCGCGGGAUGGGUCGCGUGUGGCUGUCGACAGUGUGUUUGAUGAGCGCGUGUCUCUGGGGUAGGAGCUGGGAACAGACCGAUAAGAGUCUUGCCGCGCAUCAUGGCAACGAAGCCUCCGAUCUGUGUGUUAUAGAUCAGCUGCUGUGUAAGGAUGAGAAUGAGCUCCUGAGCUUCGAGGCCAUCAGGAGCAUCCACAAGCUGAUGGACGACGACGCUGACGGCACCGUGGACAUGAGGGAGACAGACGGGUUCCUGAGGGAGGACCUGAAGUAUAAAGACCCUAAAGGAAAACACAACAGCUUCCAUGGAGCAGACCUGCUCAUCAGUGUGGAGGAUAUGUGGAACACAUGGAGAUCCUCCAGAGUGUAUAACUGGACAGUGGAUGAGGUGAAGGACUGGCUUGUUGAGUAUGUGAAGCUAGCUCCCUACGUAGAAGCCUUCACCAAACACAGCCUGAACGGCAAGGCUCUACCCAGGCUAGCGGUGAAGAACACCACACUGACCCUGGCUGUUCUGAGGAUCAUGGACCGCAGCCACGCCCAGAAACUGCAGCUUAAGGCUCUGGACACGGUCCUGUUCGGACCUCCACCCAGUAAUUUAAAGCACAGCUAUCUGAAGGACCUGGUACUGGUGGUGUCCAUCCUGGUGGGGGUGGGAGGGUGCUGGUUUGCCUACGCCCAGAGCCGGCACUCCAGAGACCACAUGGGCAAGAUGAUGAAGGACCUGGAGGGGCUGCAGAGGGCUGAGCAGAGUCUGCACGACCUGCAGGAGAAGCUCCAGAAGGCCCAGGAGGAGCAGCGCAGCGUGGAGGUGGAGAAGGUGACGCUGGAGCAGCGGCUGCGAGACGAGAUCGACUCGGCCAAGCAGGAGGCUCAGCGCCUGUGUGAGCUAAGGGAGGGCACGGAGAACGAGAGGAGCCGGCAGAAGUACGCCGAGGACGAGCUGGAGCAGAUGCGUAUGGCCCUGAAGAAGGCCGAGCGGGAGCUGGGCUCGCGGGCGCACUGGGGGCCCCCGGGGGCCCUGCAGACCUGGCUGCAGCUCACACACGAGGUGGAGGUGCAGUACUACAACAUCAAGAAGCAGAGCGCAGAGAAGCAGCUGCUGCAGGCCAAGGACGGGGCUGAGAAGAUCAAGAAGAAAAGGGGAACUCUGUUCGGGACGUUCCACGUCGCUCACAGCUCCUCCCUGGACGACGUCGACCACAAAAUCCUGUCCGCCAAACAGGCCCUGGGGGAGGUGACGGCCGCCCUGAGAGAGAAGCUCCAUCGCUGGCAGCAGAUCGAGUCUCUGACCGGCUUCACCCUGGUCAACAACCCUGGUCUGGCUGCCUUGGCAACUGCCCUCAACCUGGACCCCUCCUUUCUGGGCCUGCGCCCUCCGCCCCCCCAGCACCUCCUCCUGUCGGACGACCUGGACGACAUGGACGAGGACAUCCUGUCCCCAGGGACGAUGCAGUACGCAGCCUGGCAGAUGGAUCUGCGAGUGAGCGACCUCUGGCCCAUGAGUGGCGUCACCGACAACCAAUCCCCAUGGAAGCAUUCUGCUCCCAACCUGAUGCCCCUGCGACAGCGACCAGGAGACCCCACGCUGGCGCUCGGCUCUCAGAGGUUGGUUGAAGGGCGGAGCUUAUCCAGCAUCCUGCCAGGCGAGGGGAGUGGCUUGUACAUGUCCCGCCCCCCUCGUCCUCACCCACGCCAGUCGCGCAGCCAUUCCAUUGGCCAGCUGGACUUCCUCCCUCUGCCUUCUCUCUCCUCCUCCCUCUCACAUCCCUCCCUCCACCCCCCCCUCCUCUCUCUGUCUCCCCCCUCCUCCUCCGACGGCUCUCGUCUCUCUGCUCUGCUCCUCCGCUCCUCCCUCCCCCACUCCCUGGAGGUGGGGCCUGGCCUCCCCCCAGCAGGGGGCGCUGCAGCCAGGAGACAGCGCCCUCGCUCUGGCAGCUUCGGGGAUCUGAACCGCUCAGACUCCGACUCCUCCCUCCCUCUCUCCCAGAGCGAAUCACAGCGCUCCUACGGCUCUCGGGCCACGUCCCCCAAGCAGCUGUCCGGCCUCACGUCCAAUGGGAGCCGGCCACGCGUCUCCCACGGCGACAGCCCCUUCGCCACGUCAUGCGGCCUUGAGAAGAGCUCCAGUUUAGGAGAGCUUCGAGGAAGCCACGUCCUCUGCUCUUCCUACUCCACCCACUCCCUCUGCCCCUCCGCCCUGGACCCUGACCCCACGGCCCCGGGGCUGGGCAAGAUGACCAGUCGCAUCCCUCACCUGGGAGCCAAGAAGGGGACCCUGGAGGAGGACAGCUACUCCACCGGAGAGGAGAAUGACUCGGCCGGCGGGCGCAAGAGGAGCACCUUCAAGAUCUUCAAGAAGAGGAAGUAGAACCAGGAGACUUUGAGUCCUGUCGUCAAGGGAACCGGGCAGCCCUGAAAUUUAUUUAUUUUUUGGGGCAUUUUUCAUGCUUUAUUGGACAGUUUUUAAUUGAUGUUGACAGGAAAGGCAGGAAGAGAGAGAUAGAGGAGAGAGAGAGAGAGAGAUGCAGCGAGGGGCCCAUCGUAGCUUAUCGUAAGAGCAUGGGACCCUCGUUUCUCACCGCUACAUAUUCAUACCUUUGGGGUUUUGUGGCUGUGUGGCCCGCUGCAGAGUAACUAGGUACAGCUUCCUGUCCUGUCUCUGACAGCUUCCUGUUCUGUCUCUGACAGCUUCCUGUUGCCUUUUAUACAGGCCAUGGAUAAUGCUGAAGGAUAACUGACCUCCUGCUUGAUCACUGUGGCUAGUCCCAAAAAAUUUUUUUUUUUUUAAAAGGUUUAAAAAAUGAUUUGUAUAGAGCACACCAUCAUGCUUUGUAUAGAGCACACCAUCAUGCUUUGUAUAGAGCACACCAUCAUGCUUUGUAUAGAGCACACCAUCAUGCUUUGUAUAGAGCACACCAUCAUGCUUUGUAUAGAGCACACCAUCAUGCUUUGUAUAGAGCACACCAUCAUGCUUUGUAUAGAGCACACCAUCAUGCUUUGUAUAGAGCACACCAUCAUGCUUUGCUAAGCAGCAUAUGGGUUAGUGGUUAGUCCGAGGUUUAUUUAUGUCAUCUGGUUUAUAAGCUUUAAGGGUUAUUCUCUCAUUUCUAAGAGUUUUGUUUUUACCAGGUACUUCUCUGUUUCAGGGACAGUUGGAACAGAUAUUUUGAAUACAAAUAGGAAAUAUAUAUUGGCUAAUUAUGUUUUUGCAUUGAUGUCAUGGAAUAUAAAUGUGUUUGCACUUGGUGACAGCAGUUAUUUAAUAACUUUUAAGUUUGCCAGGUUAAGAAACUAUACAUGUACAUUAAGAUUAUUGAGAUUGUAUUGUCCUACUAAAUGGAAAAUGUGGCAUUUUUGACAUGUGCACACACACAUCCCCUCAAAUAUUCACUUUGAAAUAAUAAAAAAAAAAGAAAGUUUGGUAUUUAAGACAGAUGUCUAUAAUCAGUGCGUUCUGCUUUGUCAGACUUUAGGUGGUAGAUUUUAAUGUUAAGGUUUAGGUGAGUGUGUCAGGCAACAGUAUGUACUGUAUGUUGGGACAUAAAGGUGUGUGUGUGGCAGGUCAUGCUUCCUGUGUGCUUUUUCCUACUGUUGUUUUGGAAGCUUAGAGCAUCGAACCUUCACUUUUUAUACUCAUGCUGCAAAAAUAAACCCGCCUGUUUGAACCAAA